UAGUGUAUGCGACGCCAUUCCACGCUUGUUUCGAUUUUAAAACAAAGCUCAAAACCUCAAAAUGUAUCCAAACUGGCAACAAAUGGGAGCGGCUGUUCCCGCCCAACAAAUGCAGUAUAACCAAUAUCAACAGCAAAUGUACCAGUGGUACUACCAACAGCAAAAUCCAAUACAAAAUCCAGCCGGCGUCGUUCAGCCACCAGUCCCAACUAGCAUGCCACCUCUGCCAGAAGCAGCCCCACCACCCCCGUCAGAGGAGAAGCCACCAUUGCCUCCAGAACCACCACCACAACCACCAGCAGAGGAAGAGAAGCAAGAAGAACUAAAACCAGUCACAACAGAAGAACAAAAGAAAUUAACAGAUUUACAACAACAGGCAGCUCAGUGGCAGCACACUCAACAAUGGCCACAACAGUGGCCUCAACAACAAGGUCAACCACAGCAACAAUGGCCUGACUAUACUCAACAAUAUCAGCAACCACAGAUUGCUGCUCCUGUUACAGGGGAAGAUGCAAAAGUACAGUUUGAAGCGUUACAGAAAGAAGAAGCAGAGUUUGAGCAACAGUACAGUCAAUGGAAACAGCAGUAUGAAGACUGGAAAAAUCAAAAUCAAAAUCAUCCAAAUAAAGAACAAUUCAAACAGUAUGAAGCACAAUGGCAACAGUAUGAACAACAAAUGGAGGAUAAGAAAAGAGAUAUCCAACAAAGAAAAACAGUAGUCCAGAGUAAUAUGGCCAUGGCACAACAGCAACCCCAACCACCAGGAAUGCCAGUUGUUCAACCUGGAAUGCAACAGCCAUUGAUGGUGCCACAACAACAAGGAAUGCCCCCUAAUCAACAGGCUCCGAUGCUUAACCAACAAGGAAUACUACAGCACCCUCCUGGAAUGCCACCUAGUCAGCCAGGUUUACCUCAAAAUCAGCUAGGCAUGGGACAUAACCAGCCAGCAAUUCCACCGAAUCAACAAAGCAUCACAUUGAAUCAUCAAGGAAUGCCACCAAAUCAACAGGGCAUAAUGCCAAAUCAGCAAGGAUUGCCAACAAGUCAACAGGGCAUGACACCAAAUCAGCAAGGAAUGCCAACAAGUCAACAGGGAAUGCCACCAAAUCAACAAGGUAUAGGUGGUCAAGGAAUGAUGCCACAGAAACAAGGUCAGAUGAGGAUGGGUGGACCAAUGGGAAUGAGACAAAGUAAUCCACAAAGAAUGGAUGGACCUGGUGGGCAGCGGAUGCGUUUUCAACCAAAUGAUAACAUGAGAAUGCAAAAUCCUCAACAGAUGAGGAUGGGAGGGCCUGGUCCCAGAGGCCAAAUUAGAAUGGUUAGUGAGGAACAACAAAAAGGUGGAAUGAACCAGAAUCAAUCUGGAUUUGGAGGACCAAGACAAAGAUUUCCUGGUGGUCCAGGCUUUAAUAACAUGCAGAAUCAAAAUCAAAUGAAUAGAAUGCCUGGACCAAGAGGACCGUUGAUGAGGGGUCCAAGACCAAUGACUCCUGAAAAUCAGUUUAGACAGCAAAAUAUGUAUGGUGAGGAGGAAGGCCAAGGAGAUAACUUUCAAGAUGAAGGGGGAGAAGAGGACAUGUGUUUAGAAGAUGAUUCUGAAAAUUCUUUUCCGACCCCAGUGGACAAUCCAUUUAGACGACCAGAUAUUGUGCAGAUGAUGGCUAACGAUGAAGAUGAGGAAGAGAUUUCUGAAGAAAGCAUGGAUGGGAACAUGAUGGGAGGUCCAAAUCAAUUCCGUAGAAUGCAAAACAUGAAUAUGAGAGGCAAUGGUUCUAAUAGGAUGUUGAGAGGACCCAGUCCAAAUAACAAUAUGCAGAUGAGAGGAAAUUUUCAAAAUAUGGGAAAUCCUCGGGGAAUGGGAGGAGGAGGACCAAGAGGACAGAUGCCAAAUCCAAACCAGAUGAAACAGUUGGGAAAUGCUCCACAGAGAAUGCCACUAAAAGGGGGACCUAUAUCAUUAAUGGAUAUUAGGUUUGAUAAACCACCAGCUCCAAUAAAUAAAAAUGAUGAAAUGGAACAAAGAAGUGAUGAGCAAGAUAAAGGUGAGGAAAACAAAGCAAAGCAGACCAAAAAGGAAAAGGAGAUGACAGAACCAGUUGGACCAAUACAAAAAGAGUUCGCUCUUGGCCUCUCUGAGAAGAAUGCUACAUCUGGUUUAGGAACAGGGAAAGGAAUUCCUGGACUUGGUGAUGGAAAAGAUGUGCAAGUAGUGGAAAAAGAUCUAGAGAAAAAGGAAGACAAAGAAAAAUCUCCAAUUGAUGACAAAUCAACUGAAAAUCAAAAAAUGGUUGAAGAAAAACAAAAUUCCGAACAGAUGCUGGACAACCAAAAUCAAGGACCAAAACCACUGAUGGGACAAGGUCUUAGACCACAAGGGCCUGGUAUGAAUCAACCAUUUGGUCCAAAUCAAGGACAAGGUCCUAGACCAUUUGGUCCAAAUCAAGGACAAGGUCCUAGACCUUUUGGUCCAAAUCAAGGCCAAGGUCCAAGACAGUUUGGUCCAAAUCAGGGUCAAGGACCUAGAGGAUUUGCUCCUAAUCAAGGACAGGGUCCAAGACAAUUUGGUCCAAAUCAGAGUCAAGGACCUAGGGGGUUUGCUCCAAACCAAGGACAGGGGCCAAGACAGUUUGGUCCAAAUCAGCAGCUGGAAAAUGAAUUUGAUCAAGACCCCCUACAGAUAGAUCUGAUGCAAGGCCAGCAGGGUCAGAGGCAGUUUGGAGCAAGAGGCUUUGGUCAAAGAGGGGCAAGGGGACAAGUUCCAGGUCAGAGGGGGACAAGAGGACAAGUUCCAGGUCAAAGAGGGGCAAGAGGACAAGUUCCAGGUCAGUUUGGUCCUAGGGGUUUUAAUCAGAAUCAGGGACCAAGAGGUUUGGGAUUUCAAAACCAGAUGGGACAGAAUCAGCGAAUGUUAGGGCAGUUUGAAGAAGAGAAUUCUGAACAAUAUGGAGAACAAAAUUUUGGACAUUCAGAUGAACCACUUGAAUUCAUGGGAAAUUUCAAUCAAAAUAAACCUGACAGAGGAAUGAGAGGUCGUGGAAGAGGUCAGAUGAACAGGGGUCGGGGCCGAGGUAGAGGUUGGCAACUAAAUCAGUUUCAGGAGGAACAGAUGAACCAACAACAACAGCCGCAGCCUGUCGAAGAACCUGAAGUUUAUAAUGAAGAGGAGGAAAAAGAGAGAUUAAGAAGAGAAUUGGAGGAAGAAGGUGAACAGUGGAUGGCAACACAUCAACAACAACAAGAGGAAAUUAAGAACAUUGAAAACAGAAGGGAGCCGUGGGGAGAUAGGCGAACACCACCAUUACAUGGCGACAGAUUUGAAAGACCACCAUAUGAUGAUAGACCACCAUUUGAUGAUCCUUAUAGAAGAGAUCCUUAUUAUGAUAGGGUGGAUCCAUAUUUUGACAGGCGGGAUCCAUAUUAUCCAGACAGAAGACCUUAUGAAUAUGAUCCUUACAGCAGUAGACCACAUGACUAUUGGUACCCUGACAGAUAUGGAGCUCCGCCAAGGGAACCAUCACCGAGACUGUUUGUAGCACCGGAAGUGAUAGAUCAUGGUCACAAGUCAAGUGGACUGACAGAUUAUCCGACAGACAGAGAGCCAAUAGAAUACAAACCUCCACAAGUUAUAGAUUAUGGACAUGGGAAAUCAUCAGAUGAUGCACCACCAAGUUCAGAUAUGUCUCAUGGUUUCAACCCUGACAGUCGACAAAGCUAUGACAGGGAAUCUGACUUCAGUAGGGAUUACUAUGAAAGAGAUAGUAGAGGCAGAGAUAAUAACAGAGAUAGUAGCCGAGAUGGUUAUGGAGAUUAUUCAUCAUCAUCUUCGUCAAGGGACAGAGACAGGGAUAGAGACAAAAAUAGAGAUAGAGAUCGAGAUAGGGAGAGGGAUAGAGAUAGAGAUAGGUCUAGUAAAUCAGUACAUGAACCAAAAGUGGAAACAGUUAAAAUAGACGAUUUGUUAGUGCCACCUGGUAGAAAACACAGGCCACCACAGAUUGUUGUUAUGCUGAGAGGACUUCCAGGGUCAGGAAAAACAUAUGUUGGCAAACUUAUUAAGGACAAGGAAGUUCAGCAUGGUGGUGGUGCUCCCAGAAUGCUUUGUUUAGAUGAUUAUUUCAUGACAGAAGUUGAAAAGACAGAAAAAGACCCUGAAACAGGCAAAAAAGUAAAAAAGAAGGUCUUAGAGUAUGAGUUUGAGCCAGAAUUGGAAAGUUCAUAUAGGAAAAAUAUGUAUAAAAGUUUUAAAAAGACAAUUGAUGAUGGAUUCUUUCCUUUCAUCAUUGUUGAUGCUGUGAAUGAAAAAGAAAGACAUUUUGAAGAAUUUUGGAGCUACGCAAAAUCUAAAGGAUUUCAGGUUUACAUUGCUGAAAUACAGGCUGAUGUUGCAACCUGUGUUAAAAGAAACACACAUAACAGAUCUCAGAGUGAAAUUGAAAAGAUUGAAAAAGGCUGGCAGGAGACACCAAAACAUUAUCUACGAUUAGAUGUUAGAUCAAUCCUUCAAGAAGUCUCAAUACAAGAGGUUGAAAUGGAAACUGAAGAGGAUGAGAAGCCGGAACCUAAACCAGACAAGCGUAAGAAAGAAGAAAGUGAUGAAGAAGAAGAUGUCAAGUUUGGGGAAAUAAAGAAGAGUAAAUGGGAAGUUGAACCCUCUGGAACACAAUUAGAUAAACUUGAUGGUUUAAUACACCACAAUAAGAAGAUAGCUCCAGUCCACCAGAGUAUGGAAGAUUUCCUGCAGCUGCCUGAUGACUAUGAUACUAGACCUCUAGCUCCAGGACAAAAGAGGGUUAGAUGGGCAGACAUUGAGGAGAAAAAAAUUCAGUCAAGACGACGCGACAUAGGAUUUGUGGUGGGACAAACACAGCGAGACUGGGAACGAAUAACAGAUGAUUCUUAUGCUGAAAGGCAACUCAACAGAACUAAAUAUUUUUAAUUAAUGUUUUAUAUUAAAUAAAAAAAAGACUAUUGAUUGUAUGAUUGAAAUGAAAUGAAUGGGAAAAUAACAUUUAUCGUAUGGGAAAAGGAACAAGAAAGAAAGAUUUACUUUGAAGAUUUGGAAAUAUUCUUUGUUCAGGAUGCCAUUUCAUAAAAGUGUUUUACAAUUGUGUACAGAUAACGAUUUUAAUGGAUUUUACUUGUAAUUUUUGUUCAUUGCUGCAUUUUAAAUACUUUUGAAAUAGAUUCAUGCAUAAUGUUAUAUUUCAGAUCACUGUUGUAAAUUUGUAAGGAAUAGUGUGUCUGUUAGAAAAUAAAGUUACAUAUUCACUCAAUCACUAAUUUCAUACAGUCAAGUCCAUGAAAGUUGUUAGAUAUAUUUGAAUAUUGUGAGUCAAUAAAAUGUCAUAUUCAUGUGUA